UUGCGAACCCGAGCAUUCGUUGCUAACCCUCACAGCGCAAUCUUCCGAAAGAAUGCUGCUUUCCUAACCACUGUCUUCGUGGGUGCAUUCGCUUUCGAGAUGGCGUUUGAUACCGCAACCGACGCCGUAUGGGACAGGAUUAACAGAGGUCGACAAUGGAAGGAUAUUAAGCAUAAAUUUAUGGCCCCUCCCGAGGAAGACGAAUAA